GCUUCUAGUCUUCUAGACUUGUACACCAACGAUAAGCAGCACUAUUCACUCCUCAUCACUCAAAUAAACUAAUCCAAUUUUUCCCCCAAAAAAAACUACUGGAGAAAAGAGAAAGUGAGAAAGAGGUCAACCAUGGAGGCGUCAAUGGCGGCGUUUCUAACGGUCAUAAUAAGCGUUCUCAUCGGAGCAGCAUCGGCAGCCACGUAUACAAAUCACACGGUGGGAGGAUCAUCUGGGUGGUUCUUCAAUGCUACCACCAAUACUUCAUCUGCUAAUUACUCUACUUGGGCUGCCUCUCAAACUUUUUAUCUCGGCGACUACCUUAUUUUCAGUACCACCACUAAUCAAACAGUGAUCCAGACAUACAACUCUACUACCUACAUCAGCUGCAAUGCCGACGAGUCCUCCGACAAUGACACCCUCAUCUUCAACUCCGGAGCCACCGAGUUCGACCAACCAUUGACCAUCUCUAUCCCAUUGGUCAAGGUGGGAUCCAACUUCUUUUUAUCUGAUGCCGGAGAUGGGGCCCAGUGUCAGCAAGGCAUGAGGUUUGACAUUAAGGUUGGUCAAGGGUCGGGCCUACCACCAAGCCUCAAUCAACCACCACCUCCACUUUACACACCACCGCCAGUGGCGGAGCCUCCCCCGGUUUUCCAGGGAAGUGGUGGUGGUCAGGGGGAAAGGAUUCAUAAUGGAGGGAGGAGGGUGGCUAAUGGGGUGUUUGGAGCUGCUGUGAUUUGGUUGGGCCUUAUUUAUUUGGGCUUGGGUUUGGGCUUAAUUUUUUGAACAACAUCACCAAAAUUAUUAGAAGACUAGUUUAGUGACUUAGUUCAUUAUUGCAAAUUUGCAAGUAAUUUUGAAAGGAUAGUUUGGGUCUUUAGGACACCAAUUUUCGGAUUUAUGUGUCGGCAAAGAGUUGUAUACUUGCAAAUUCUUCUUUAAUGAUGAGACACUUUAGACGGUUAGAUUAAAUUUUUGGUCCACUUUGAAUAUUAUACUAUUGGUUUAGAAUCGGAUGAUGCUCAAAUCUCAAUGUUAUUGGAUAGAGUAUAGACCAAUAGCUAAUUAGUUAUGAAUUUGAUCCUUAUCACCUGAUUGGUAAACUUGCAUAUCUAUCUAUACAAAUAUAUUAAAAGGCGUGCGAAAGAACGUUUAUGUGCCACGUGGCGCUCUCCCUAGGAAGAUUAGUUCAUGUAAAUAUGUAAUCCAUGUACAUUAAAAAAAUUUAAAAAUUGCAUAGUAUAGGAUUUGAUCCUAAGACCUCAAAUACAUAUACUAAAGUCUUAACCACUAGACUAAGUUAUAUUUAGUGUUAUUAUCAUAAAGUGUUAUAUUAAUAAAUGAAAAUUUUUCUUACCCAGGGCAUAGCCCGAGCCUAAUAACUAGUUGAGAUUAUAAAUAUUGAUGAUUGUGUUUCUUUGUUCUCAUAUGUCCUUUGUAAUUUGUCUCUUUUUUUGUAAUGUUUCUCUUGCAUAAUAUUGGAAAAACUUUGCACUUCGCAUUUAUUUGCAACUUAUCUAUACUAAUAUAUUAAAAGGCGUGCAUAAAUCAGGAACGGUGCCACGUGGCGUUCUCCCUAAGAAGUUUUAGUUCAUGUAAUCCAUGUACAAUAAAAAAAUUAGAAACUGCAUAGUAUAGGAUUUGAUCCCGUGACUUCAAGUUCAUGUACUAAAAUUUUAACCACUAAACCAAGUUGUAUUUAGUGUUAUCAUAUCAAAAUACAAUAUUAAUAAAUGAAAUUUUUUCUACUCACCAGACCUAAUAACUAGUUCAUCUACAUAUUAUGCAAGGAAGAUAGGUGCUAUUAAGCGUGCUUUCGUUCAGGAUAAAACUAUUGUCUUAGUGAGUGUUUUGAUGUACGAAAUUGCUAACUAAAAUAUAGUAAUUUCAUGGACAAAAUCGCUGACUAACAUACAGCAAAUUGAUGGGAAAACCCCUAACUCAAGUAGUGGCUUUCAAGUCGUAAAGCACUUAGCAAUUUUUCAUCUUAAACCCCCAAAUAUUACUUUAUUGUUUAUAAUACAUAAUUAUAUGAGAGACUUAGUACUUUAUAUUGAUAGAGGGAUGUAAAUUCAUGAGAUUAAUAGAGUAUCAUAUAAAAGGAUCUUUAAAAAAAAGUUAUUUCGAAGAUUGGAAAUCUUAGCAAUAUGAUAAGUAUUUUCGUCAAAAACGUCUUAUAUUGGAUUAUUAUGACUAAGGAUUGGCUUGGAUAGGGUAUGCUUUAAUUCGAAUUCUAAAUUUUUUUAUAUAGAUCUAAAGUAUAAACCUUAACUAGCUAUCUAUACCUUUUCCACGUACGAUAAGUGUAAACUUAAAAUAUCUAAUGUCUUAAAGUUUAGCUUUAAGAUGAAAACAAGUAGAUAGCACACUGCACACCCUAGAAUUGGGUUUGGCUCAAGUGGUGAGAUUUCCCAUAUUGCCUAGCAAAUUGUAGAGUAUAAUUCCUACCCUAAGCAUUUGUUUGAGACUUAAGGAGGGUAGGGGGGUGGAGGUGUAUGACUUAUAAUUGGCCUCUGAUUGGGCCUUAUGCAAGGGCAACCUAGAGGAUUUCUUCUACCUAUUAAAGAAAAGUAUACAACACACCCUUGUCAAUUAUCAAGUCUCAUUCGAAAUUCAAUCCUACUAACAAGUUCCCUGGGCCGGAUAAGGAACUUAUUUCAACAAGAAAAUCAUUUAAUACAAAAUAAUUUUGAGAGAAUAAUUUAUAAUUAUAGCAUAAUAAGUUUCUUAUCUAGCACCCCCAAAGACACCCGUUAACAUUUACCUUUUUUAACGAUAUCACAAAUUCACACUUAUAAGCUAGAGUUGUACAACCACAAAUCGAUGAGUCUAGAAUUGACCCUUCAAAAAAAAUAGUUGAACCUAACUAGGUGUAAAUCGGAUCACAUAAUCCAUAAUUUCAAACCCAAUCAUCCAUAUCCCUAAUCUCUAUUAUAUAAGGGAAGAGGAGGGGGACACCAAAAAAUGGUAAAUCCUAUUAUACCUUAAGUAAUAAUAUACAAUUUCACCAUCUUUUACCAUUAUACCCUCAAUUAACAAAAUAUUUACAUCACCUUGAUUUAUUGGUUUUCAAAAACAGAAGAAAAAUAUACAAUAAACUUUUAUGACCAAUUUUUUAUACUUCCUCCGUUUUUUAUUAGAUGUUACACUUUUCAAAUUACGGACUCCUAAUUUUUGGAGAGGAGAGAGAUAGAGAGAAUGAAAAAUAAAAGGGUCCCAUGUGAACAUGUGAUAGGAGAGAGAUAGAGAGAAGUUAUUACCCAAAAUAAAAAUGUAACAUCUAAUUUAAAACUUUCUAAAAUAGAAAGUGUAAAAUCUAAAAAAAACGGAUGAAGUAUAUAUUAUUACGCAAUUAACAUUUUAUUUGUUUUCGCGCACAUUGCGUACAUACAAGACUAGUAAUCCAUAAAGACAUCAUAAUAGGCAUCCAAGCCUUACUCGUAAAAUUAGAAAGAUUACUUAUACACUUCCAUAAAACGGAUACCAAAAUAGGGCAAUUUAACCAAAUAAGGCAGGUUAAUUCCUGGAAUAUUUUAGUACAACACGUUGACGCACGAAUUUGUCUUAACGAAAGCGCACGUUAAUGGCAAGAACAACUCCACAAACACAAAGUUCAUCGGCUUUUAGCGGUUUUUGAGUGGUGUGAUGUGAUCAACUAUUUCAAAAUUACUCCUUAAUUACAACCAACAAUAACAUUAAUCACAGUUGCAGAGACAAACCCAGGUCCACCUGAAAGAGAAAUAACCAAAAAUCUCAUCAUCUUCUUGUACUCAG